AUGCUUGCCCACAAGCACCACCACACUAAUCGACUUCCCACUCCGGACGCCAGCGCCAGUAAUAGUGACGACAGUAACGAUGUCAGCGGGAGCCCUCCUGCCUCCAAACGCCUUCGAUAUGACCCUGUGUUGCAACAGAGCUUCGAUGUAGGCAGUGCAAUUCGCCCUCUGAACCCGAAGGACUGGUCGAGAUCACGAGCCGACAGCGCCGUGCAUUCUCCGCCAUAUCAUGCUGCAGAGAUUCGAAGGCCAUGCCUCCCUCCAUUGAAGAGCUUGCUCGAGGACAACAAUCUGAGCCCUCCAAAGACCCCAAGCCCACGACAAUCAUAUAGAGAACCAUCGCCUCGAGAAACACUGUUCGCAACGCCGUCUAUUGGACUUUCACACGUGCCAACCUCGCUGUAUCCUUACAAGAGGCAGAAGACUGUACCCGGGCGGGAAGCGGACCUUGCAUAUGCCAGCCCAGCACUUCCUCUAGGUAUCGAGCGUAAGACUCCGACAGCGUUUGCAACACGGCCAGACGAAGUUCAGAUCCGACAGCCCAUAUCCUUGCCUCCGCUCUCUGCUCAACUCGAAGGGUUGAAUUCGUAUCGACAGACCGCGCCGACGACCGUUCCUCCUCACAGACUCAGUCCACCAUGGACAGGCCAGUUCCCGCCUACCACACCUCUCUUCAAGCUUCAUGCCGACCGUCCGGCUUUCGAUGGCCAUGCGUCCGCUCAUUACCAGACCCCGGAUCGCACGCCACUACCAUCCGACUACUCACGAGCCACCUCCGUCAGCAGCUAUCCGCAUGACGCAUAUGCUGCUCGGGCGGGCAACAGUCGUGAAGCUUCUGUACACCACGAUCACAACGACCCCUCUGCGACGCGGUCAUCCUUUGCUGGCCCAUACGGUGGCUACCUGCCGCACAUCAGUGAACGCGAGAACCAUGGUCGACCGCACUAUGGCAAUGAACCACGUUACUCUUUCUCGUCCUCCAGUGAGGGUUCCGCGGGACCUCACGAGUAUGGCCCCUAUGUUGGCCCUGCAGGAUGGGCAGGGAUGCCCGGCCAGCCCUAUUUCAUGCCCAGUCAUUUGGACUAUCAGCACGGGAAGGCCCGAAAGCGAAGCAAUCUCCCAAAGCAGUCGACCGAGGUUAUGAAGCAAUGGUUCGAGCAAAAUAUUUCGAAUCCCUACCCCAGCGAGGAACAAAAGCAGCGCUUCUCCAGCAUAACUGGCAUCAGCAUGACCCAGGUCAGCAAUUGGUUCAUCAACCAUCGUCGUCGCUGCCCGGAAUUGCGUGAUAAACGUGAGAGGCCUGGUGGUGUUGUCAGCGGCGCUGAAAGUAAUAUCUAA